CGUUUGACACUUUUCUACUAUAGCAUGGGGGACUUUUAUUUUGAAUGUCCCCCAAAUUCCGUGACCCGGAUUUGACCUGUUAGUGCUACUGGCAAGAACACGUAGCUAGCUAACAAAGCUCGAAAUGCAACAUCUCAAGGAAAAAGGUCCAUUUCUUCCCCCAGCGUCUAUGCGUCUUUUGGUUCCUCCCCUGCGGCUGGUGUCUGCAGCUCUAUGGCAGGUUGUUCAGCGGAGAGACGUCAUGGACUACGGCUUGGUGGAGGAGUUUGUCGUCACUGUGUUGGACGUAGUCCCAGAUCUGAUGAGUUACAGGGAGAAAGUCCAACUCAUCAUGGGUCUGAGAGCACAGCUGGUUCUGAAGUUGUUGUUCUCAGAACACCUCGCCGACUAUGAUACCAUCCAGUCACAUCUGAAUAGGAUGAAAACCUGUAGCAUCACUCAUAGGGACAACCAGAUUUGUGAUCCUGAGGUGGAGGCAUCAGAAUCCAACUUCCUGAAGCUGAUUAAAACGCUGCUGGAAGACCCAGUUGAGAGAGAACGCUUCUUUCAGAACGUUUUUCCAGAGGAAUUCGGCCCCCAGUAUCACUCCGCACUGCAGACUCUGGUGUGGGAGUUCCUCUCCAGACUGGAGAAGCUGCUUCCAACACCGACCCUUCAACAGACUGCAUCUUGGUUUCUACCUGACCACUCUGUCCUGGAGCAGUGUGAGCAGUCUGUGCGUCACCCUCAACCUUUGAGGACCCUUCUCCAGUACCACACCAACCUUUCUCCAAUCCCACAUGUUGAGGCCAAUGCUCUGUCAUCUGAAGACAACCACAUCCUGUCUCCAUCUCCCCGAGAGUCAUCCACUGACCAAGCUGACCCAGAGAUCCAAUCAGAACCCAUACAGACAUUUAUGACCAUUCAAAGCCCUGCAUCAUAUUGUUGUGAGUCAGUAAUGACACCUUCGCUGGAUUACAGGGAGAGUCAACGAGGGAUUCAUUUAGACCGCACUGCAAAUGUCGCCAUUUUGCCUUCGAAUGAAGAGGUGGACCAGCGUGUCAACAAGGAAACUCUUGACAAAGAGAGUGAAAUGGAUCAGGCUUUUCUUCUCCUUCGUGCUGACAGUGGGCCGAAAAUCCAACCGGGAGCUCACCGCUUCGAAAAGGAAGCGCAGGACGUUUCUGAUUGGUCUACGUCCUGUCGGCUCCGUCAGCCCACGGUGCUGCUGCACAGACUUGACAUUACUGAUACGCUGUCACCUGUGUCAGAGGUCUUUCCAACGCCGAGCAGAGAGAGGCUUCAGAUUGACAUUACUGAUACGCUGUCACCUGUGUCAGAGGUCUUUCCAACACCGAGCAGAGAGAGGCUUCAGAUUGACAAUGUGGAAACCCAAGGACGGAGAGGAGAACGGGUCGUAUCACAAAAGAGCGAGAGGAAUGUCGACGUAGAGCCCUCAGAUAGCCGACCUCGAUAUUCUCUGGUUCCUGGCCCAUGUCGUACUAAGGGGCAGCCUAAAAAAAGCAGGCGUGUCAAAAUAUGCUCCUUGUGUGGGGAAACUUUCAGGGAAGCAAAGGAUUUGACAGCACACAUAACAUCUCACACUGAGCAGAGGUCUUACCAGUACACCCUGUGUAGUAGACAAGACGUUGAACACCGUGACGACUUAGAGAAGCAUCGGCAGAAUGUGUGUGAUGCGGCAGCUCAACCAGAAGAGGAUAACACGUCUGCUACAUCGACGAGGGACAGAGAUAUCUCAGCCCCACGACACUUUACCUCAGCCCCAACCAGGAGCUCACCGCCUCGAAGAGGAAGUGCACAGAGAUAUCUCAGUCCCAACCAGGAGCUCACCGCCUCGAAAAGGAAGUGCACAGAGAUAUCUCAGCCCCAACCAGGAGCUCACCGCCUCGAAAAGGAAGUGCAGGACGUUUCUAAUUUGUGCAGGACAUCGACGAGGGAUUGCACAGAGAUAUCUCAGCCCCACGACACUUUACCCCAGAGAAGGCACAAGACAACCCAACACGGUAAACCAAGACAGUCUUCCAAAGUCACCAAACGCUCCGUGUGUGACGAGACCUUCAGUAAGGCAUCGCACCUGGGAUACACACCUGGGAAGCUCCUCAACUGUGGGGAUGUUUCUGAGAACUCCACUUUGAAGAAACACAAAAAAGUGUGUUUGAAGACAAAGACACGUCUCUCUUGCUCUCUGUGCGGAGACACCUUUACGCUCUCUGAGCCAAACGAGCGUGAGGACGUGAACCCACAGCAACUUCCGAGGGAGGCUCUUCCAGAGGCCGCCGCUGUUUUGGCAGCAGUAGAAAAUUCGACAGAGAUACCUCAGCCCUCAAACACAACACCCCAAAACCCAACCACCUCCAAUGCUCUGCCCUUUCAGCUAGCUAAUCAUUACAGAAAAUGCCUUUUAUGUAAAGAGGCUUUUGAUAACGGAGAAGACCUGAGAAGACAUCUGAGAUUUCAACAUGGUGUACUUCCUUACCUGUGCUUUAAAUGUGGGGAGAGUUUCCAAAGCACCUCUGAUCAGAAGAAACACUCGGACCAGUGUUCCGGUCAAAACAUUCCAGAGUCCAGGAAGUGUCCCGGUUGCAGGACGAGGACUUCUCAAUGUAGACAACAGCAGGAAAUGACAAGUCAGGAAGGGAACCUUAAAAGACACCAGACAGCCUGGUCGCCACAACAUACAGGGGAAAACGAGAUGGAGACCCCACAGUCCAGCAGCACAGACGUCGACUUCUCAAAUGACUCUCGGCAACACCGGCUAAACCAAUCCGUCGAUCAAUCAAAGUUAUUUGUAAGGUGCUUUUUCGAUCAGCGAACUGCUCUUACAGUAAGCAGGUCUAGACCCCGAAGAUUGAACCGCUGUGAUGAGACGGACUUUCAGACACAGCAAGACUUUAAUGAGGAAGUGAAUCCAAGCCAAACCCUAAGGGAGGUUGACCCAGCAGGUGGAGGCACAUCUCAGCCUUCAAGGGGGAACGGGAUAGAGACUCCCCAGCCCCACAGUACUGAAUCCCAGAACCCAACAACCUGCGCCGCUUCCCCCACUCUGCCCCCUGGUGUGAAUUUAGAUUCUAGAACAUGUCACGUGUGUUCCAAGAGUUUUCGUAGGAAACAAUCCCUGAUUUUGCAUCUGAGACGGCACGGUGAAGGAGCCAUUAACUGUCCCAUAUGUUCAAGGUGCUUUGGUCGCAACAGGGAUUUAAAGUUUCACCUGGCCAACAAAUCAGGUUGUGGGCCAACGCGGCGUAAUCUUACCACCGUAAUCGUUCCCACAAAAGACACGCCGGUCUUCACCUGCCCCGAAUGUCUGCAACAGUUCACAAGCGAAAAGAAACUGAAAUCACACAUGGUAUGUCACACAGGAGACGGGUUCUCCUGUAGCUUUUGUGGCAAAAUGUUUGCCGGACACAACCAAUUGAAGUUUCAUAUUCGUUGUCAUAGUUACAGGCCUUAUCUAUGUGAUACGUGUGGCAAGGAUUUCCCAUCUCAGAGUGCGUUGGAAUCACACGAGCGUGUGCACACAGACGAGCGGGCAUACUCUUGCACAGACUGUGGGAAAACCUUUAAGCGUAAGGGUACGCUGACACAACACCGACUGAUUCAUACGGGGGAGCGGCCAUUCGCGUGUGCUCUUUGUCAAGUACGUUUUACCACCAAUAAGCAUCUGAAACUGCACAUGAUGUGUCACACGGGGGAGAGGCCUUUUAAAUGUCCGGUUUGUGGAAGGGGCUUUAGACAGAAAGGCGAUUUGAGACAACAUCAAGCUUCUUGUUCCUAGUUGCCUUUGGGGGCUCAAGAGGUUAAGAUAAAAGAGUUCUUACGUUCUUAUUGUGUCUGUCAGUAUUCCGACGUUCUAAUUCCGUCUCACCCUGCAGGGUUCAUAACAUCUGGUAAAUCUGUGAAUUCCAGCCAAUCCGACUGUGUGAAGAACGUCUCUCCAACUGGUAACUACUUGUGAAGGAAACGUAUCUGUCCUCUCUGAGCUUCCGGCUUCUUCCACAUGCGGAACUCUGACGUCACAAAGGAAAUCACCUUUGAAUAACAGCAGUUUUUGGCAGUUAAAUGCAACAACAAAACAUUAUUUAUAUAAAAAAAUAAUAUAUAUAUAAAUCUAUUAAUGUGUUUUUUUGAAAACAAGUUGUUAGUGAGCAGGUUGCUGUACUUUCAGUUUGUGGUUGAAACAGUUUUGCCAUCCAGCCAAUCGGCGUUUUCUAAAUUGGUCCAAAGCAUGUGAAUGUACUCAACUCGUCGCGCCCAGUUUCCCGUUUGUCAUGAAGGCAGCAUAAAGCACGCCCAUAGGAACUGCCGCAGGUGCAUUCCAUUACGGUUUGGAAUGGAGACUUCAACUUACGAUUUUAACGAGGUUAUCAAUUAGUCUAUUAGACCAAUGUCAAUGGGGAUGUUUCGAAAUGCAAUAGACCUUAUACCACCCGUCGCAUAAAUAAGGCGAAUUAAGUACGACAUAAAUGGUUAAAAAAAAAAAUUGUCUUGCACAAUUGUCCAUGGCUGUCUUAUUGCAACGAUCCAGAACGUUCUGAGAGUUGAUUAAAUAUUGUCGGGUUAUCUUAUUGGAGGAAUCACUGAAGACUGAAACGCGAUAGAAUGCUGUUGUAACAGAUCUCUCAGUGGGCAGAUGUUCCAUUUGGGUACGUUGUUGGGGAGGGAUGAUGCACCGCCCAGUUUCAAGCACGCGUGUAGAAGUCUGAAUACUGCGGCUCGUGCCAGUAAAACUCAUAAUUCAGCCAACUUGGAAAAGAGCACUCGUCAUUUUGAUUUGUGAUAUACACUAACCAGAUGUAUUUUGUCGGGUAAAUUAGAUUCCUGUUGGGUGGUUCUUAUCAACAGACUAAAUCCCUUCUACCUUUUCCACAAAAAACUUUAGAAUUCUCCAUAUUGAAUGAGGUCAUUUAGAAUUCUCCAUAUUGAAUGAGGUCAUUUAGAAUUCUCCAUAUUGAAGGAGGUAAUUUUGAAUUCUCCAUAUUGAAUGAGGUAAUUUUGAAUUCUCCAUAUUGAAGGAGGUAAUUUUGAAUUCUCCAUAUUGAAGGAGGUAAUUUUGAAUUCUCCAUAUUGAAGGAGGUAAUUUUGAAAUCUCAAUAUUGAAGGAGGUAAUUUUGAAUUCUCCAUAUUGAAUGAGGUCAUUUUGAAUUCUCCAUAUUGAAUGAGGUCAUUUUCAAUUCUCCAUAUUGAAUGAGGUCAUUUUGAAUUCUCCAUAUUGAAUGAGGUCAUUUUGAAUUCUCCAUAUUGAAUGAGGUCAUUUUGAAUUCUCCAUAUUGAUUGAGGUCAUUUUGAAUUCUCCAUAUUGAAGGAGGUAAUUUUGAAUUCUCCAUAUUGAAGGAGGUCAUUUUGAAUUCUCCAUAUUGAAUGAGAUCAUAUUGAAUGAGGUCAUUUUGAAUUCUCCAUAUUGAUUGAGGUCAUUUUGAAUUCUCCAUAUUGAAUGAGGUCAUUUUCAAUUCUCCAUAUUGAAUGAGGUCAUUUUCAAUUCUCCAUAUUGAAUGAGGUCAUUUUGAAUUCUCCAUAUUGAAUGAGGUCAUUUUGAAUUCUCCAUAUUGAAGGAGGUCAUUUUGAAUUCUCCAUAUUGAAUGAGAUCAUUUUGAAUUCUCCAUAUUGAAUGAGGUCAUUUUGAAUUCUCCAUAUUGAUUGAGGUAAUUUUGAAUUCUCCAUAUUGAAGGAGGUAAUUUUGAAAUCUCCAUAUUGAAGGAGGUAUUUUGAAAUCUCCAUAUUGAAGGAGGUAAUUUUGAAAUCUCCAUAUUGAAGGAGGUCAUUUUGAAUUCUCCAUAUUGAAUGAGGUCAUUUUGAAUUCUCCAUAUUGAAGGAGGUAAUUUUGAAUUCUCCAUAUUGAAUGAGGUAAUUUUGAAUUCUCCAUAUUGAAUGAGGUAAUUUUGAAUUCUCCAUAUUGAAUGAGGUAAUUUUGAAUUCUCCAUAUUGAAGGAGGUAAUUUUGAAUUCUCCCUUUUUGAACGAAAUAAUCUAAUCUGUUGAAAAAGUUGAUUUUUUUUAAAUGACAAACUUCUUAGCUUUGUAAAACAGCCAAUUGUAUAUAUCCUUUACAAAACUGCAACUAUAUGUCUACAAGAAUUGUAAUAAACAUAACAGCAACCCAUGCAUUAUCCUCAA